GGUACGUCACUGACAUCUUACAGGAAGUGACGUGUGUAGCUGCUAGAACACGCCUCCUCCUAAUGAGGAAGUAACUUCCCUACCAGCCGAAGUUGGGGAGAUAGGCGCUGGUACGGGGCACCGUGGGGUAGAGAGGAGAGAGUGGGCAGAGCUUGGCCGGGGUGAGGGGGGUUUGCUGCCGGGCACAGUGCGCUAAUAUCACGCAGACAAGGGCAAGGGGUGAGCGGGGCACAAGGAGGACAGAGAGACACGAGUCAGCUGAAUAAGGGUGACUGGACACAUGGGGGGAGCGCUGUAUGUUCAGGGAUCUCCGUUGCGGGCGUGAGGUGAGCCCAUACUGAGAUCUUGUGCGUGUGAUGUGCCCGGGCUGAGAGCUGAGCAAUUCUAUAUUCCUGCUGAGCAGCUGCACAGGUGGCACCAUGAACAUUGAUGUGGAGUUUCACAUUCGCCAGAAUUACCCUUGGGCCAAACUGCCCGCCAACGUGAGACAGAGCCUGGGAAACGCCCCCAAGGAAUAUGAAAAGCAUGUCAUAUUGUACAGUAUCCGAAAUCAGCUGAGGUACAGGGUUAAUUUAGUGAAACACGUAAAGAAGGAUGAACGCAAGUACUACGAGGAGCUACUGAAAUAUAGCAGGGAGCAUCUCAUGCUCUACCCAUAUCACCUUUCUGAUAUCAUGGUGAAGGGCCUCCGAAUAACACCCUUUUCCUACUACAUAGGAAUAAUGGAGGAUAUUAUGAACAGUGAAAAAAGUUACGAUUCUCUGCCGAAUUUUACAGCUGCGGAUUGCCUGAGACUUCUUGGCAUAGGAAGGAAUCAGUAUAUUGACUUGAUGAACCAGUGCCGAUCAUCCAAGAAAUUCUUCAGAAGAAAAACUGCCCGGGACCUCCUUCCAGUGAAGCCGGUGGAGAUAACCGUAGAACCUUGGUGGGUGGUACAGGCUGGUUACAUCACCGAAGAUGACAUCAAGAUCUGUGGCACAACGGAGAAAAGAGCCAUUGAUAAGAUAAUCGAUUCAGGACCUCAGCUUGCAGGAUCUCUGGAUUACAUUACUGCUCAUAGCCUUUACAAUAAAGGAUUUAUUUAUCUUGACGUACCAAUCUCCGAUGACAGCUGCAUAUCUGUACCCCCUCUGGAAGGUUUUGUAAUGAACCGGCUGCAAGGCGACUACUUUGAAACCCUUCUCUACAAGAUAUUUGUUUCAAUCGACGAGCAUACGAAUGUUGCAGAGCUUGCAAAUGUUUUGGAGAUCGAUUUGUCAUUAGUGAAGAAUGCCGUCUCUAUGUACUGCCGCCUGGGAUUUGCCCUUAAGAAAGGACAGGUCAUAAACCCAGAUCAGCUUCAUCCAUCCUGGAGGAACGUUCCGUCUGUAAAUAGACUCAAAAGUACGCUGGACCCACAGAAGAUGCUCCUUUCCUGGGAGAGUGCAGAAAACAAGAGUCCCAUACAGGACCUGGCAUCUUCUGCAACUGACACUGAUACCAACAGCCAAGAAGACCAAGCUGACUCCUCCAGUGUUAGCAGCCUGACUCUAUCCAGCGGGCACACCAAACGUAUUGCUUUCUUGUUUGAUUCUACCCUCACUGCCUUUUUGAUGAUGGGAAACCUUUCCCCGAACCUAAAGAGUCACGCAGUUACCAUGUUUGAAGUUGGCAAACUGUCAGAUGAGUCUUUGGACAGCUUUCUUGUUGAGCUUGAAAAGGUUCAAAGCACAGGGGAAGGGGAAGCCCAGAGAUACUUUGAUCAUGCACUUACAUUGAGAAACACUAUCCUUUUUCUACGGCAUAACAAGGAUCUUGUGGCACAACCUGAGCAAGUGAACACAGGUUUACCUCUGGAUCUCCUGAGAUGUGAAAGCCUUUUGGGAUUGGAUCCUGCCACAUGCAGUAGAGUCCUAAACAAGAACUAUGUGCUUUUGGUUUCCAUGGCACCCCUAACAAAUGAGAUCCGGCCAAUCAGCAGCUGCACCCCUCAGCAUAUUGGACCUGCUAUUCCUGAAAUUAGCUCCAUAUGGUUUAAACUCUACAUUUAUCACGUAUGUGGUCAAGGACCCCCAUCACUUCUGUUAUCAAAAGGAACCAGGCUCAGGAAACUGCCAGAUCCGUUUCAGAUGUACGACAGGUUGCUGAUAACUUCGUGGGGACAUGAUCCCGGUGUAGUACCUACGUCUAAUGUAUUAGUCAUGCUCAAUGAUGCUUUGACUCACUCUGCAGUUCUCAUUCAGGGGCAUGGACUUCAUGGUAUGGGAGAAACUGCACACGUGCCCUUCCCUUUUGAUGAAGAAGAACUACAAGGAGAAUUCUCCAGUGUUAACAUGGGGGUACACAAAGCCUUUAAAAUAUUAGGGGACAAGCUGGAUUUGGAGCAUUUCUGUGGCUAUAUUACAAUGCUGAACCCUUCCAGACCUCAUGUGAGCCAGAGGAGACUGAGCGACGCUUCCGAUGGAAAAGAUGACCCAUCUCUAGCCUUCCGUUCAGAUGUCAACAGCAGCACAGAAUCCUUUGAGCUUGUGAGUGAGGAGACUGCAAUCGAUUCAGGAAUGAAAGCACAUGAAGUAUCAAUGGUUGAAAAAGACUGGGUGCCCCUGGAGCUCUGCUAUGGAAUCCCCCUGUUUGCUUCAGAACUGAAUCAGAUGGUUUGUAAGAAGAUUGCUGCACACGGGCUCUGUGGGAAGGAGAGCCUUCAAAAUCUUCUCCAUUCCAGUCGGAAACUUUCCCUGCAAGUUCUCAAUUUCGUUCAGUCAUUCCAGGAAGGCAACUCUUCAUUAGAUCAGCUGCUGGAGUCGAGCAGUGGUGGGAGUUUGUCGUCACAGGCUUCCCUGGCAGACCUUGGAGUUCCACUGCCCUCCAAGAACUUGAUAUUCCUCAACGGCAAAUUGUCUGAGUGGAACGGACGCGGCCCUUUAUCUUUGCACAAUGUGUAUAUACCCAGUGAGCAAACCUAGCUCUGAAUCUAGUGCUUUGUCCAACAUGUGCUACGUUGAUGUUCGUAUUUAUUGCUGCAGUGUAGGUUGUGUUCUGACCUCCUGGGCUCAGGAACCUGCCCACGUGAUUGUAGAACUUUGUGGCCUGCACUUAGAUGUCCAGUAAUUUAAACACACGCUCUGGGUGUCAUUCACAUUCCUAGGUCUCCUUUUUGUAGUUUUCGUGGGCUGGAUCAUAUCACUGUAACAUAUACGUAAAGGAUCAAGCUGCUCUAAGUGUCGCCAUGAAAACCAACGAAAGAGGCAAACGUUCCUAUGUUCUGUAGUAAAUUGUAAGGACCGGGCCAGUUUCUCUGAUGGAGUAGGACCUCACGAGCUGCUGGUUUACAUCACUAAAAUAGUGUUGGAGAAAUUGCCAUGGAGUAUUCAACACCGCAGGGCAUUGUGUUAGUUAUGCAAAUGUAGUCAAUAAAACAGUAGAUGUUGAAUUAUAAUAAGUAUGCACAAUAGAACCACAUUUUCUAAUGAAUGCCAGUAAAUACCGUUACUCUUUUUAAUUAGCCGGCGGCACAGUAAUCAGUUCCUUUGUGCUUAAUGAUUUUGUGGUUCAUUAGCUUUUUAAGAUACUCAGUUGCAUAAUGAAUUUAAUAUUCCCAUUCUGAGACAGAUUUUGAUUGGUCGCAGCAACCUGCAGUUCAGUUCUCAUUUAACUCUUGUGAUUUUUAUAACUCAAUUUACUUCUUUUUUUUUUUUAUUAUUGAUGCAUAUCGUGCGUAAUCAAUUGACAUCAGCAGCUUAAUGUAUUCCCUCUUUGUUCAUGGUAUAAAAGCAGGUGGGAGUUCUUCAGCAGGAGGCAUAUAUCUGUGGGCUUCUUCCUGCUUAGAACUGCCUUCAGACUCUCUCUCAGUUGUUGCUGCACAGAAGCGGGUUUUGUUCAACAAUGAGUUUUGUAGACAAAAUCCUGGCUUUGAGUGGUGUGAAUAGGGGAAACGGCUAUAGGUAAGAAGAAUGGGGUGUGUGGCAGGCACAGAAGACAGGGGGGAGACAAAACACCGGGGCAGUAACCCAUACCAACCAAUCCGUGAUUAGAUUUUUCCAGCCAGCUGCAAAGAAAGCCAUGAAAGCAAACAUCUGAUUGGUUGCUGUUGGUAACUGCCCCGGUGCAAAUUUGCCGAGUGUUUAUAAAUGUCCUCCAGUGUUGCCCGACCUGUAGCCCUUGUUGAAGGCUGUUUUGGUGACAGCUCUAUGACCCCAGGUCUGACCCCCCAGUUAUAUAUGAAUAAUGUGUCCCUGUCUCAGCACAACUAAACAACCCUGAUCAUUUGUAUGUUGAUAAUGGAAGUGUAACACAUGGACAGAUUCAGGCAGAUUAGUCGCCCGGCAACAAAUCUCCUCUUCUUCGGGGCGACUAAUCUCCCUGAACUGCCUCCCUCCGGAUAGAAUGUAAAUCACCGGCGGGAUGGCACAUGGAGCACUUUAUUUUCCGAAGUCGCCCAAAGUUUCCUAGUGAGGCAACUUCAGGCGACUUCGGGAAAACGAAUUGCUCCGAGUGCCAUCCCGCCGACGAAGAAGAGGACGUUUGUCGCCAGUCAACUAAUCACUCCGGAUCUAAGCGUGUGCCCUGACCCUUAACAGUAAAUGUGGCUAAUUUUUAAUACUCAGUGUUGCUGACAAAGACACGAGGAUUAAUGUUCUCAUAAUGACAACGCGCUUCAGAAUAAACGUAACGCGUGGAAUCAUCUUCCAAUGGGCAUGUGAGCUGGGUCGUUCCUUAUAAGUGACUGCAAGGCAUGGAAACAGGACGGUGCAUCAUCACUUUGAUAUUUGUUUUUUUUUUUGUUAUGAGAAAAGGAUGACAUAUGUGUCUAUAAAGGUGUCUGUUUCUC